UUAAACAAAAUAAAUCCACAAGAAAUUAUAGUGGCUGAGAUUGCUCCUCAGUUCCCAACUGUUGUUUCUGGUGUUUUCGGUCUCGCUGAGACUCCCUUUCACCUCUCUCUUCUCUUCUACUGCUUACUUUUGUUCUCUCUAGAAACUCCUUUCGAUGCUCCUUUUUCCUUCUUUCUUCCUGAUUCCGAUCCACCAUUGCUGGUACUAUUAGCUCUCAUGUGAGUCUCCGUUGAGCCUGUUACGUGCAUGAUCGGAGACUCCAUCCUUGCUUCUAUUGUUGUAAUCCACCAUGGCUUUAACAGAAGGAUUUGGCAUCUACGCGUUCGUUUUGGUGAGGAUUCUGAAUAAAGGAAUUUACUUUUAGUUCUUUCGGAGAAGUGUUUCUUUGUCUUUCUCUCCCUCUCUGUUCUGGUGGAUUCUUAAAGUAUUUAUAUUCAAUAUAAACGUAGUAUAUAAUUACGUUGCUAUACACAGUGCAUGCGAAUUGCCUUCUUAUUUGUUCAGAUACGGAUCUCUAUCGAUUGUUGUGGGUUUUUUGUUUCUUUUUCUUUCUUUUGCAGUAGUAUUCACUUACCCGGUAUUUUGGAGUUCGAAAACAACGGCUUUAUUUGUAGCAUUCGAUAUUGCAAGAAAUGAAAGGAGGUUUUUGUUUUAUCCAUUGCUCGUUAGAGAGGAUUUGAAGCAGCGGUAGCUGCCCAGGUCCAGUAAUGGAUAUAUAUUCCUCCGGAGAAGACUUGGUUAUUAAGACAAGAAAACCUUAUACAAUUACCAAACAACGUGAACGGUGGACGGAGGAGGAGCAUAAUAGGUUCCUAGAGGCCUUGAAGCUCUAUGGACGAGCUUGGCAGCGCAUAGAAGAACAUAUAGGGACAAAGACUGCUGUGCAGAUCAGGAGUCAUGCACAGAAGUUUUUUUCAAAGUUGGAGAAGGAGGCUGUUGCUAAAGGUGUUCCAAUACGACAAGCUCUUGACAUAGACAUUCCACCUCCACGUCCUAAGAGGAAACCAAGCAAUCCUUAUCCUCGUAAGACAGGUGUGUGUCGUACACCAUUACAGGUGGCACUGAAGGACAGAGAGCUUUCGGAUUCAGUUUCUCUUCCACACUAUAAACAAGCAUUGGACUUGGAGAAAGAACCACUUCCUGAGAAACCCGAUGAAGAUGAGAAGCAAACAAAUUCAAAAGAAAACCAGGAGGACAAUUGCUCAGAAGUCUUUACUCUUCUCCCAGAAAUUCACUGCCCCUCUGUGUGUUCAGCGAACAAGAAUUCUGUACCCACAACAGAGGCACUAAGAAACUCAUGCUCUUUUAGGGAGUUCGUACCUACACUGAAGGAGGUGGUAAAUCAAGAUGGAAAUAAUGAAUCUUAUGUUACCAUUGAACUUCAGGGAAAUCAAAAGCUGGAUAAGUCUGACGUGAAACAGACAGUUCAGGAUAAUGGCACUAAUAGAGCUGCAAAAUUGGAAUCCUGCCCUUUCCAUGAGAAAUUAGUUCAGGGAAAGAAUUCAAAUGAAUUUAAUAAUGCCUUGCCAAUAGAUGAGAUGGAAGCCAUGCAGAAUUAUCCAAGGCAUGUCCCUGUGCAUGUGCUAGAUGGGAGCUUGGGAACAUGCGUGCAAACUCCUCCAUCAGAUGUGUCAUUCCAGGAAUCCAUACGUCAACCAGCAGAAGUUCACGGGCAUCCCAAUCUGUACUCAAAUCAAGCUCCAUCCACUACUACUGAACAUCAAAGUAAUGGGCCAAGAUCUUCCACGCAUCAAUUAUUGCAGACUUACCCUCCGCCCUUUACUCCAACUCACCACAAUCAAGAUGACUUUAGAUCAUUUCUCCACAUUUCCUCCACAUUUUCGAGUCUUAUUGCAUCUACAUUGCUACAAAACCCAGCAGCCCAUGCUGCAGCAAGCUUUGCAGCUACCUUCUGGCCCUACCCUAAUGUGGAAACUUCUGCAGAUUCUCCACCAUGUGCUCAAGGAGGUUUUCCAUCAAGGCAAAUGCACUCAGCUCCCAGUAUGGCUGCUAUUGCUGCUGCUACUGUGGCUGCUGCAACUGCAUGGUGGGCAGCUCAUGGAGUACUUCCAUUAUGUGCACCUCUCCAUUCUGCCUUUACAUGUUCUCCCCCUGCAACUGCAGUUCCAUCAGUGGAUGCUGACCAAGUUCCUGCAGCCAAGACAGAAUGCAAGGAAACUACUCUCAAAAAUCCACCUUUGGAAGAUCAGCAAUUGGAUCUUGAGCACUCUGAAGCUUUGCAAGCUCAAAAUUCAGCCUCUAAAGAGAGUGGAUGCACAAAGCAGAAUUCUGUAUCAAAAGCUACUGACCGUGAAAUGACAGUAACAGCACCUGAGAUUGAUGAAUUAGGCAAAUUGAAAAACAGAAAACAGGUUGAUCGUUCUUCAUGUGGUUCAAACACAUCUUCUAGUAGUGAAGUAGAGACAGAUGCAUUAGAGAAGCUUGAGAAAGACAAGGAAGAGUCAAAAGAAGCUGAUACAAAUCAUCUGGUUACCGAGUUUAGUAACCGUCGCAGUAGAAGUAGUAGCAACCUGAGUGAUUUAUGGAAGGAGGUAUCCGAAGAGGGGCGGAUGGCUUUUCAAGCUCUCUUCUCCAGAGAGGUCUUGCCGCAAAGCUUCUCUCCACCACAUGAUCUGAAGAAUGAGGCACACCAGAAGGUCAAUGUUGAAGAUGAGCAGAGAACAGAUGGAAAAGAUGGAGCUGCAUUGCUGUUGAAUCUCAACAGCAAGACAUGGGGAUGCUGUAAUAGCAAUCAUGAAUCGGAUAUAAGUUUAUUGCCUAGAUGUGAAUACAGUGGGGAGGAUGGGCUGCUGACGAUUGGGCUUGGACAUGGAAAGCUAAAGGCUCGUCGAACAGGAUUUAAACCGUACAAAAGAUGUUCAGUGGAGGCCAAGGAAAACAGAGUGGUGACUGCCAGCAGCCAAGGAGGCAAAGGACAUGAAAAGCCCCUCCAUUACUUCAUACAAUUGAGCAAAGGACAUCAAAGCCUCUUCAUUACUACGUAUAUUUGAGCGCCCGAAUAGUCCAAACUUCUCCUCUCAUUAGAGGUAAAGGGAUAAGGAGAAUCACGUAGACAUGUAAACUUGCCAUAUAAGAAGGAUUCUAUAA